AUGAUAUUUAUACAUAAAAUUGUUUUCUUUGGUAUUUUUUUUUUCUUAAACAUAACUUAUGAACAAGAAAUUAUCAAUGAAACUCCUACUAAUAACAAUGAUGAAAUAAAAUAUAAUAAUUCUACUUUACCUUCUAAUGAUGACAGUGAAAAAAUUAUUAAUAAUGGGAUUCAUGCUCUGGAGUCAAUAAAAAAUUUUGGGCAAUCUGCAAUGUUGGGUGUGACAAAUUUAAUGAAUUCUAUUCCAGAAACUUUUAAAAAUGAAUUAAAUAAUAUUUCUGUAGGAAUAUCAAAUGAAGAUAUGAAUGAAGCAAUAAAAUCUAUUCAACCUAUUUUAAGUAGUGUUAUUAAUCAAAAUGGAAAAUUAGAUUAUGGAAAAGUUGCCAAUGAAUGGAUAUCAAAAAAUCCUAAAAUAUCUGCAAAAAUAACUUUGUUAAUUGAACUUAUAAUAGGUAAAGUUAAAAAUUUACCUUAUAAUGAUCAACAAUUUAUAUCAAAUUGGACACAAUCAUAUCAAAAUGUUAUUGAUAAAGUUUCAAAGGGAGAGUUAAAUGAAGAUCAAUUAAAUGAAACAUAUAAAAAAAGUUUGGAGGAAUUAAUGAUGAUACCAGAAAGUGAUAGAAAAGCAUUUGAUAUAAUUAUUCCAGGAUUAGGUACUUUGUUAGUUGAUCCAAAUUUAAUUAGUAAAAUAAAUACAGCAAUUAAUGAUACAACAAAAGAAAAUUUUGGAGAAAUUAAUAAAUACAUAUUUACAAAAAUAAUAAGUUUAACAAUUCAGCCAUCUACAAUUUCUCCAUCAAAUUAA